AUGGCAUCAAAAAAGCCAAACCAUGUGGUAGUGAUGGCAUUUCCAUAUGGAACACAUGCAAUACCAUUAUUGAAUCUAGUACGUAGAUUAGCAAUACAAGCACCAGCAUUAACAUUUUCAUUCUUCUCAACAUCAAAAUCCAAUCAAUCAGUUUUUGGAACAUCAACAAAAAAAUACGUACCAAGUAAUAUUAAGCCAUAUGAUGUUGAUGAUGGGGUACCAAAAGAUUUUACAGGACACCCUAUGGCUGAGAUAAAUUUCUUUUUGAAAUCUAUGGUUGAGAAUUAUAGAAAUGGGAUUCAUUCUGUGUAUGGUGAUGAGAUGAAGAUGAUUAAGUGUUUCAUUUGUGAUUCAUUCUUGUAUUUUGGAAGUGAUAUGGCUGAUGAAUUGGGUGUUCCUUUGAUUUCAUUCUGGACUGCUGGUCCUUGUUCUUUAUCUACUAAUUUUUAUACAGAUCUUAUUCGUCAGUCCAUUCCUCUUGGACCUAACGGUGUUGAAGGACGCGAAGAAGAACUCAUUGACUUCAUUCCAGGUUUAUCUCUAAUAAGAAUCAAAGACUUGCAAGAAGGUGUGCUUUAUGGAUGUUUGGAUCCAGAGUUCUCACUUAUGAUGCAUAAGAUGGGUUUAACAUUGCCACGGGCUACUGCAGUGACCAUGAAUUCCUUCGCGGAACUAGACCUGCUAAUUCUAGAAGACUUCAGAUCCAAGUUUCAAAAGUGUCUGACAUUAGGUCCAUUUACACUAACUUCUCAUAAUCCAUCACAUACUCAUGAUGAUCCCAACGGCUGUCUUGCAUGGUUAGACAAGCACAACCCAACUUCAGUAGCGUAUAUCAGUUUUGGUACAGUGACUACACCACCACCGUACGAACUUGCUGCCUUAGCCGAAGGAUUGGAAGAAUCUGGUGUACCAUUUAUAUGGUCAUUAAAAGACCAUUCGGUAGGUCAACUGCCUAAUGGAUUCCUUGAAAGGACUAUCAAGAGAGGACUCAUUGUUUCAUGGGCGCCGCAACAACGAGUACUUGGGCACAAUGCAGUUGGUGUUUUCGUGACACAUGGUGGAUGGAAUUCAGUGAUAGAAAGCAUAACGGCUGGUGUACCAAUGAUAUGUCGUCCCUUUUUUGGUGAUCAGAGAAUUAAUUGUCGUAUGGUAUCAGAUGUUUGGGGGAUAGGAACUAGGAUUAAAGAUGGAGUGUUCACGAAGGCCGGAACGAUAAAAUGUUUAGAUAUGAUCUUCUCAGAGGAGAAAUUGAGAGAGAAGGUUGGGGCCCUCAGAGGUCUUGCGAAACAUGCUGUUGGGCCAAAGGGGAGUUCGACCAAAAAUUUCAACACUUUGGCAGAGAUAGUCUGUAAAGAUUGAUACUGAAUAUGCGUGCUUUUUUCAUCGUAAAAGUUUGCAGAUCAUUCACU